CAUCUCUGCAAGUUCCACUCAGCUGGUGAGCCUGGCUCUGAGAGGAUACUGUUCCAACUCAGUUCCUGCUCCCCGUGGCUGCCACACAGCUAGCACUAUUGUCACUUGGAGUGUUUGAUGGGGUGACAGUGUAGAGGGAGUUUUACUCUGUCUCUCACCCCGCGCUGUCCCAGCCCCGGGAUUUGAUGGUUGAACUCUUCCUGCUCUGAUAGUGGAAGGAGAGAUUCUGCUGCAUUAAAACGGGGGACAGAGUGUUAUGUUUUUUUCACGGAUUGUUUUAGCCACCGUGGGAGCCCGGCAUGGACCCGCAGCGAGCUCCGAGCCCCAUCGAUAAGGACGUCGGGGAGACGGGUCGCCGCCAUUUGGGGCCCAGCACUGCCUCGGGGAUGAUGCAGUUUGUGGUCAUGCUGCCCACACAGAGGCCUGAUGAGGAUGGUAAUGAGGUGAUCACUGUGGACGUACCAAUGAACAGCACGGUGAGGAGCCUCUGGUUUAUGAUCUGGCUGAAGGCGAACCAGGACAGUGCCAAACCCUCUGUCUAUCAACUUUCCAACCCAGACUCCUACCAGCUCCUGUACAAGAAGGGAGCGUCAUGGUAUGAGAUUUAUGACGGCCAGCAGCUUCUGCACACUCUGGACUCUGUGAAGUAUUGGAAGUGUUUGGGAUCCAAGAAGUGUCUGCUUUACGUCAAGCAGCGAGCCAAGGCUAGGAAAGAGGCUGGGGAAUUGUGGAAAUGCCUGACCCACCUGAUUGGCUACGACUUACAAAGCAUCGAUGCCAACCAGCACAGUGAGGUGGCCUAUGCCCGGAGGAAGCUUGGCUCGGCUCGGAAAACUGAGAUGCACAGUCGGAACGGGUGGGACUAUGCGAUGGAGCCUUGGCUGGCCACCUGUCCUCUUCCCAGCUCCCUGCAGAGCCAAAUCAGCAAAGAGCUGGUGGUUGCCAUCUCCUACAACGCUGUCAGCCAUAAAAUGAAGGCGGGGAUCUAUGACACAGCAGACAUGGUUGUUCGACUCUGCAGAGAGAAGAUGGUGGAGAGAGGGUUACUCAUGGACAGUGCUCAUGACAACUUAGUCUUAAAGGUCUGGGGAAGGGAAGAGUUUAUCACAGGAAACUGGCCACUCAUUGACUUUACCUGGGUGAGGCGCUGCUUGAAGAAUAAAGAAGAAUUGCGACUGGCACUGGUGCCCUCUCCAUGCCUUGCAGAUGAUGAGGUGAAGUUUGAGGAUUGGCCUUUGAUUGAUCAGUGUACAGGGCUCACCAGCACCCAUGACCAACUGACCCUGAGGGGCAAAGAUAUUGAGCAGAUUCGAAUGCUCUCGCUCUGGGAUUGCAAUCAGCGAUUCCGCGUCAAGGUUAUAGGCUUAGACAUUCCCGUUCUGCCCAGCAAAAGCCUCCCAAAUGUAUUCGUGGAGGGAGCUGUGCAUCAUGCAACAAACGUCCUUGCUUCGGCCCGUUCACAGCCAAUGCCGCUGACCGAAGAGAUUCUAUGGAACACUUGGCUGGAGUUUGACAUUUUAGUGAAGAAUUUGCCCCAAGGGUCGAGGUUGAGUUUGUCUGUGUACGGCCUGGGCCAAGAGACCUCUACCACAAGAGAUGGAAAGGCCACAUCCCAGAACGUUAAAGAGGGAGAUGCUUACAGAGGGAAGACCAAGCUUUUCUUUUUUGUCAACCUUCUCCUGAUCGAUCACCGGUCAUUCCUUCAGCAAGGUGAGCACAUCCUUCAUAUGUGGGCGUAUUCAUGUCAGGAGGACAAUCUUGUCACCCACGAGGUAGACAAACUCUCAUCCAAGACCAACCCAGACAUUGAGAAUUCGACAGCAAUCUGUAUCCUGCUAGACACCUAUAACUACCCAGUGGCUUUACCCAGUGGCAGGGGCUCUCGCUCCUCAUGGGUUGACCAGCCCGAAGAUGAGGUGGUCCCAGUGAAACAGGAGGUGGUACAGGAGAAGACUCAGUGUUCCCUGAGCGGUUCACAGAGGGACUUGCUAAAACGGUUUACAGAGGAGUGUGCUCGGUACAGCCUCUCACUGCCCACAUUUCUCAGCACUGUCAAAUGGGGCGAUCUGAAAGCAGUCGAGGAGGUACACUGGCUGUUUGACCACUGGAAUCCUCCAGAGUUGGAUAUCGCCAUCGCACUGGAACUGCUCAGCAUCAACAUUGCUGACGAGAAGGUCAGGACACUCUCCGUACAGCGACUGGAAGAGGUGGACAAUGGCCAUCUGUUGAGAUACCUCUUACAACUCGUCCAGGCAUUGAAGUUCGAACCAUACCACGACAGUGCCCUGGCCCGGUUCCUCAUCCGACGCGCCCUGAGGAGUAAGAGGAUUGGCCAUUUCUUCUUCUGGUUCGUGCGCAGUGAGCUGACAUCCUCUCCUUUUUUCCGUGACCGGUUCGGUUUGAUUCUUGAGGCCUACCUGAUGGGCUGUGGGUCGGCAGUAAUCGAGGGAUUCCGUAAACAGGUCCAGCUGGUCGAAGCCCUGAGCCAAGUGGCCACUGAGAUCAAGAAGAUCAUUCCAGAAAAGAGUGACCUUCCACCUAAUGCUGCCAGCAUGGUUCAGGAGAUGCUGAGGAAUGCCGACCUGCCGCAGGACUUCCUGACUCCGUAUGAUCCCCGUAUCAGGGCUGGCACCAUCCUGAUCGAUCGCUGUAAGAUCAUGGCCUCCAAGAAGAAGCCGCUGUGGCUGGAGUUCUCCUGCGAGAGCCCUGAUGGGUCUCCGUGCCAACCCAUUGGAAUCAUCUUCAAACAUGGUGAUGACCUUCGGCAGGACAUGCUCAUUAUUCAGACUCUGGUGAUCAUGGAUUCUAUUUGGCAGAAAAACGCACUCGAUCUGAACCUGAUGCCAUAUGGAUGCAUCGCCACUGGAUAUAACAUGGGGAUGAUUGAGAUCGUCAGGGAUGCAGUGACAAUAGCAACUGUGCAGAGAAGCAAGGGCGGCAACACGGGAGCAUUUAAAAACGACGCACUGUAUGAUUGGAUGAAAUGCAGACUGCAGGUCGAGGAAUCGUAUUACCAAGCGAUGGAAACGUUUGUGACAUCUUGUGCUGGAUACUGUGUGGCUACCUACGUCCUGGGAAUCGGAGACCGACACAAUGACAACAUCAUGAUAACAGAGCAAGGUAAUUUAUUCCAUAUUGACUUUGGUCACAUCCUGGGCAACACGAAGAGGAUUCUGGGAGUGAACCGGGAAAGGGUUCCCUUUGUCCUGACCCCCGACUUCCUGUACGUGAUGGGCCGUGUGAACAGGCGAUCCAGUCUCUACUUCCAGAGGUUCAAGGAUAUCUGCAUUCAGGCCUACAUGAGCCUACGCCUCCACUCCAAUCUACUGGUGACCCUCUUCUCCUUGAUGAUGUUGACGGGAAUUCCGGAGCUGAGCUGUGUGAAGGAUAUCCAGUACCUGAAGGAGGCUCUGGCUGUUGGGAAAGAUGAGAAGACAGCAAGUGAGCACUUCCUGAGCCAGAUCAACACGUGUGAGAACCUGGGCUGGACUGUCCAAGCUAAUUGGUGGAUUCAUAUGUUCAUGGGGAUUAAGCAGACCUGAGCCCACAACGUUCUGGCUCCGUGCUCCCGCUCUCUGGAAUGAUCAGGCCGACCCCAUUUCCCCCACUCUCCCCUCCCAUAACCUCUGCCACUUGGUUCCACUCAUCUGUAUCUUUUGAAAUCAUUCAAUGCCUCAGCUUCUGUCCCUCGUAGGCAGAGAAUGUCCACUCAAUGCCUCUCGCCAUGGCAACACGUUCUUCCCCAACGCCCCCUUCCCGCCUCAUCCCAGGCCCAUCUCUGUUACCGCCCCAUCCCCAUUUCUGUGAACACCCCCCACCCCCACCACCACCAGCCGAUUGUAGUGUAUUUUCCUCAGCUAUGUCACUUCAAGGUUAUUAUCGACUUCUUCCUUUAAUAUCUGACAGCUUUACAGACUCUUGCCACAUAGAAAGAGCCCAUUCGGCCCUAUUCUGUCUCUCCAGUUAGUCACACUCCCCUGCUUUUUCCCCCAAGAGCCUCUGCAUUCAUCUAAUCGGCCCAGUUGUCAAUUCGGAGUUCCUGCUGGCCUGCUUACACUGGUCUCAUUGACAGGCUCCACACUCCACAAUCCCAUCGCUGUAACCCACUGUGUUACUCCCCCUCCCAUUCUUUAGACAACAUGUCCAUCAUGGGCCUCCUGCAGUGCCACAAUGAUGCUACCCGAAGGUUGCAGGAACAGCAACUCAUAUUCCGCUUGGGAACCCUGAAGCCCAAUGGUAUCAACGUGGACUUCACAAGCUUCAAAAUCUCCCCUUCCCCCAAUGCAUCCCAAAACCAGCCCAGUUUGUCCCCUUCCCCCACUGCAUCACACAACCAGCCCAGCUCUUACCCUCCACCCACUGCAUCCCAAAACCAGCCCAGCCUGUCUCCACCUCCCUAAACUGUUCUUCCUCUCACCCAUCCCUUCCUCCCACCCCAAGCCGCACCUCCAUUUCCUACCUACUAACCUCAUCCCACCUCCUUGGCCUGUCCGUCUUCCCUGGACUGACCUAUCCCCUCCCUACCUCCCCACCUAUACUCUCUCCACCUAUCUUCUUUUCUCUCCAUCUUCGGUCCGCCUCCCCCUCUCUCCCUAUUUAUUCCAGAACCCUCAUCCCAUCCCCCUCUCUGAUGAAGGGUCUAGGCCCAAAACGUCAGCUUUUGUGCUCCUGAGAUGCUGCUGGGCCUGCUGUGUUCAUCCAGCUCCACACUUUGUUAUCUCGGAUUCUCCAGCUUCUGCAGUUCCCAUUAUCUCCUUCCCCUCACCUCUGUCUGUUUUCACCAUCGAUCUUUAUUGUCCUGAGUUAAUGACCAUCCUUCCAUCGAAAACAGUGCCUCCUUAUUUUACUCUAAUCCAUCUGGGAUUUGAACACUGUGAUCAGUCAUGAUGGGCCCAAUGGCCUACUGCCCUAGCUGGCUGGAUUUUGCAUUCCAGUCCUCUAUCUCUAAGGCAAUCUAAUAAAGUUCAACAGAAUUUGGUAUAA